CACAACACUUUCUUUUGAAUGCUGAUUUCUUACCAUGCGGUGAAAAAAUAGCGUUUUAUAGAAACCGAAACGGUAAGACAGUGGUGGAACGACCCCAAAGUUUCCAAUUAGGGUUUGCAGACCCCUGAUCCAACACAAACCAGCUACCAACACUGCAAUUCGGAUCUCCACUGAGGGAGGCAACGAACCGAAUCACAGCAAGCAAUCGGACUAUUAAGGUUAGGGCUUCGAGACGCCUCAGGCUCGCGAUCUCCAUCGAGGUAGAGAGGAGGAUUCUUGUUUCGUGUUGAAGGGGUGGUAUUAUGUUUGUUAGAUGGAGUCUGUGCCAGAUAUGUGGUCCUGAUAGUUUGCUGGUGUUGUAGUGUCGGUGCUUUUUCUGAAGAAAGUCAACUUAACCACUCCUUUUGGAAGUAGCUAUGCUACCCACUGGAGCAAGAGAUACUCAACUUCGCGAGAGCAAUAGCCAGAAGGUUCACCCACAACCCAUGGAAGAGGCCAUGAAUCAGAAUCUAGAAGCUGUGGAAGCCUUGAUAUCUAAGGUUUUCACGAACAUCUCUUCCUUGAAAUCAGCUUACAUUCAGCUCCAAGCUGCUCAUACUCCCUAUGACCCUGAAAAAAUUCAAGCUGCAGAUAGACUUGUAAUUUCUGAGCUAAAAAACCUCUCUGAACUUAAGCACUUCUACAGGGAGAACAAUCCCAGCCCAGUUUGCGUUUCUCCACAGGACUCCCGCCUAUCUGCAGAGAUUCAAGAACAACAAAUUCUGCUGAAAACCUAUGGGGUUAUGGUUAAGAAGUUCCAGUCUGAAAUUCAAAAUAAAGAUGCUGAAAUCCUUCAGCUUCAGCAGCAUAUUGAGGAGGCAAAACAGAAGCAAGCAAAGUUAGAAAAGAAUUUAAAGCUGAGGGGCAUGUCUACAAAAGAAUCAGAAGGUUCCGCUGAUGAGAAUGGUGUUAUGCCUGAGGAUUUAACUCCCAAUCUCUUCACAUCGGUUUUUGAAGCUUCAUAUAAGGCUAUUCAUGACUUUGCGAAACCAUUGAUUAACAUGUUGAAAGCAGCUGGGUGGGACCUCGAUGCAGCAGCCAACUCAAUUGAACCCAGUGUUGUCUAUGCAAAGAGACCUCACAAGAAGUAUGCGUUUGAAUCUCAUAUAUGCCAAAGAAUGUUCAGUGGCUUUCAGCAGGAAAGCUUCUCCCUUAAAUUGGACAAUCUUACAGUCACCAAGGAGAGUUCCUUCCACCAAUAUCUUGCACUACGGGACAUGGAUCCAUUGGACAUGCUUGGCCAAAAUCCAGAUUCUAUGUUUGGGAGAUUUUGCAGGAGCAAAUACCUGGUAGUGGUUCACCCAAAAAUGGAGACUUCGUUUUUUGGAAACUUGGAUCAACGAAAUUAUGUAAUGGGUGGGGGGCAUCCAAGGACUCCGUUUUACCAGGCUUUUCUAAAGCUGGCCAAGUCAAUAUGGCUUUUGCAUAGGCUAGCACAUUCUUAUGAUCCUCGGGCUGAAGUCUUUCAGGUCAAGAGGGGGAGCGAGUUCUCAGAGGUUUACAUGGACAGUGUGGUGAAGAAUUUGGUAAUGGAUGAAAACGACGAAAAGCCAAAGAUUGGUCUGAUGGUUAUGCCUGGUUUUUGGAUUGGAGGUAGUGUGAUUCAAAGUCGGGUUUAUCUCUCUGGCGUGAAGGUUGCUGAAUGACAAGCCGGUUCACGGUGCCAAUCAGUGUUCACAUGGGUAUGCGGUGUGUUUUUUAUACAUGUCUGUUGCUUUCAUAAUGUAUUGUUGUUGUUUGUGAUUUUUAGUUUGUAUAAUUGUUAAAAUAAAGUCAGCUAUUAAACACUUAUUCAAAC